AAUGUAAAAGAAACUUGUGUUGACACCCUGCUUUUGUAUAGAGCGACGAAUCAUCUGUGAUUGACUCGGUGAACGUUUAAAAAGAAGAACAAGAAUAAAAAAUAAAGAAAAUAUAUAUAAUCUUUUCAAUUAUUUAUGAAGGCAUAAAUUUGUUAAUUUAUGACUUGUGCGGAUAGCUAGUUAAGGGAAGAAUUAUGGCCAAACGCAUUCAACCUAUGAAAGAGUUCGGCCGCUCAAUAAAGAAGCCGAAGUUAGACAUAAGUAUUAGCAGAAAUCGUCCGGCGGCUGUUGUUAAAUGCAGUCCGAAAAAGUCUGCUUUUUGGGAUGAUGACGAUGACGACGUCAUUCUUAUGGCCACUCAAGAGGCUGAAGCUGCGGUAGCUGAAGAAAAGUCGGAAGUAGAGAUUAAUGUGCCGGAAACUGAAAUCAUUUUUACCGGGUUUUCAAAGGAGGCGUCUACAAGUACCCAAAAAACAUUACCAAAGACGGACUUGCUCACUGAAUUAUUUCAAGACGAUGACGAUAAAUUGUUGGAUAUGGUGGCUAAAACGAAUGAUGAGACAUUUAAAAAGCCUGUAGCCUCACUAUUGCGGCCAUAUCAAUCGGAAGGAACGCAAGUAAAUGCGAAAAAUCAAGCAGUGACACCAAAACAAAGUGAAAAUUUGACCGAGUUUGUAUUAUCUCAAAGCACCCUCCCGUUAUCUUCUUUACCGGCUUCGCAGAGUAUGGCUCGUCGUCAAUUGGCUUCAGAAAGACAAAUGAAGUUUUUAACGGAGAAGGUCGAAUCCCUGAAAAAGGAAAAUUCCAGAUUAGCUAAAGAUCUCACAGAGAACAAAGCAAAAUUGGAAUGCCAGGAUGGUGAAGCUUCUUUGCUACGAGACGAACUGCGACAUUUGAAACAACAAAUGCAAAAUUUAAAAAUGGAAAAAAUUGUCAGUGUAGAGGCGGCCAAAAGUGAAUGUCAAACUAAGAUAAACCAGUUGUCUAAAAGAGUCGAGCUAAAAGAAACGGAAUUACGUUUGAAAGAAGUGGAAUGUUCGAAAAUCAAGAUCAAAUUUGCUGGUGAAACCCAAAAAUUACAGCAAGACGUUCGCUCUCUUCCCUCUACAUCUAAAACGAUACCUAAUAAGCGAGAACUCCGACAAUUCAAAAUGCGAAAUUUUCAAGUACUUGUAAAAGAAACAUUUUCAAUGAGAGAUUGCUUAACGCCUGGAUUCUACGAACCCGCCUUAGAGAAGGGUACUUGGAAAAAACAGCGUACUCUCUUUCAACUGGAAUUAGAAAACAUUCAAACUCUAACUGCUCAAUUGCAACUGUUGGAUGCCGACAAUCUUCCUGAGUAUUUUGUCCCGAAAUGCAUAGAUUCCGUUUGUAAGGUGCUGCCGGAAUUUUGGUCUUACUGCCAUAGUUUGGAGUUCCCCAAGAAUUGUCUCAUUUAUCCCUAUCAUGAUUACACCUUAAAAUCUUCAGAACGCAUUCAACUAGAAAAUAGGGAUAGUAAAAAUUUAUUAAGACCCCUCGAAUACUAUGAAAACGAAAAAGCAUUAAGUUUAAGACGUUAUCUAGCCGCUUUGGCAGUUAUUUGCAAAUUUGUUCCUGCCUUAUCACUGGCUCUGAUUAAAUGCAAGCGUGGCGAGUAUUAUCUGCUGCAAAUAACGGUGGAGGCGGUGGCCAAGUUGGGGUUUUCUCGUGAAAUUUGUGAACAUUUUGGAGUAAUCGAGGCUUUAGCCCAGUUAGUUAAUAGCAUAUUGAUACAUAUACCGAGCGAUUUUGAAGAUAAUUACGUAGAAUUAAUAAUAUGUUUAAUGAAGCACAUAGUAUUUACCCGACCUAGUCCAUGGAUUUUUCGCGAAAUCUCGUCGGGCUUAUCACAAUGUGCUCACCAUUUACCCCAAGCGUUGAAUUUCUUAUGCACUAAUAGUGCGGAAUCGGCUUUUGCAGCUGAUCGAGUAAGAUCGACAUAUCGCUUUACAAAUGAUUCUUGUCUGAUACAGGUUUAUUGUGGACUUUUGGAAAUAGCUUUCCCUUUAUGUUCUCCUUUGCCUAAGGAACAUUUUAUGUUACUAUCGGAAAUUUGUUUAAGACAUGUCCGAUUUGUAUAUCGUUGUUUCAUACAACCGCCAAAUUUCAUUCACAGACUUUUACCCGUCUAUGAUGACGAUGAUGAUGAUGAUGAUGAUGAUGAUGAUGAUGAUGAUGAUAUUGGCAAAAAUCAAGAGAUUCCAAAUACAUCUGGACGAAUGGCAGUGGAAUUUGAAAGUUCUGAAAAUAAUACUACGCCACAACCAUCGACUCUCAAUAAUUUCCGUAUAGAAAUUCCAUCGACCAGUAGUAGUAGCAAUGGAAAUGGCCAACAGACAAAUAAACAGAAAUCGAAGAACACAUGCGAAUGCUAUACAAAGUUAUGCUUGAGCGUGGUCACUUUGUACUAUCAAUUGCUUAGACAAUGGCAACUGCAUCAGAAGGAAUAUUUAACCCCUCAGAUAGCCGAGAUUUCCAUCAUCGUUACUCAGCUUUUACAUUUGAUAUUCUGCGAUAACUACCUAACGUGUUUAUUCCGCGAAUCUGAGGAAACCACUAAACAUCAAUUGCACUUGAUUUGUCAAUGGCUGACGACAAAUUCCAAAAUUUUGGAACUUACUGACAUUAGUUUGAAAUUUUUGGAAAAACUACGGACUUCACAUAUCAUGCCCACGGAUAUAACAAUUGAAACGAAUAUCGCGAACAUAGCCCUUGACUUGUCGGAAUGGCAGAAAUUCUCUAACGAUGAUGUUAGUCGUUUAAAAAUCGCCAACACAGAACAAGAAGCCGCAGAGCAUGCGAAGAAAUUGAAAUUAAUUGAAAGAGCAGCGGAUGAAGAGACUUACUUUGUUAGCCUGAAAGGUUAUGCCUUCGAUUUUGAUCGAAAUAAAUGGUAUUAAACUAGAUAUCAUCACACUCUCGCUUAACAAGCAAUUAAAUCAAAUAGCAAACUUAGGUGCCUGAAAAUGCGUAACUAAUGUAAUUCACUUUUUGGAAUUGCCCGCAAAAUGGAAUUUGUUAUUACUACUAACUAUUCUAGUAUUUACGGCAAGCAUUGUUUUUUCAUCAUUUUUUAUGCAUUGGUGGAUUGUUAGUGUACCAGGCUUAUGCAAACUGCGAUCCUCUUUCAGCGAAAUUAAUAGAGGCAAGUUUGUUUUGCUAAAGUCCAACGAGUUCACAGUAAACAUUUCAUAAUGCGUUCGUGUAGCAAGACGAUCAAAUCUUCCCAAUUUAUGUAAUACAAACGGUCGGAAAUUUACCCGGCUAGCUUUUAAAAAUGCUAACAUACAAAUGGCCUUUAUUGCUCCUUUUCAAUUUCCUAUAGCGUAAUACACAGUAUAAAACGAAAUUGCAAAUAAUGUAAAGAAAGUA